CCCGGUUGCGUUGCGGACGAUCGCUUCCUUGCGAAGCAUUAUUUCUCGUCUCCGCGCCUUCGCCCAAAAUUCCCAACGCUACGCGGGUUCUAAUCUCCCCAGAAUCCCUCGCGAAUCCUCCCCAAAUUCGGUGGAUUUUGGGCGAAAAAUCGGAUUUUGGGAGUUGGGUUUUGUUCCUUUGGUGUCGAAACCCUUGGUGUUCGAUCAUCGUGGUGUAAUUUGGGGGUUUUGGGAUCUUCGAUUGGAGUGGUUUUGAUGGGGGCGCAACAAUCCAAGGAUGCGUUACUCUACGAGCAGGUUAACUAUGGCAACGUCGAAGGGAUCAAAACGCUUCGUCGCCAGGGCGCGGGCCUUGAGUGGAUGGAUAAGGAAGGGAAAACCCCGCUGAUCCUCGCGUGCUUGAGGCACGAUCUUUUACCCGUUGCAAAAGUUUUGAUCGAGUUGGGUGCCAAUGUGAAUGUGUAUCGUCCCGGAAACCAUGCGGGAACUCCAUUGCAUCAUGCUGCAAAAAAGGGUCUUGAGCAAACUGUUCAUUUUCUUCUUUCUCACGGAGCAAAUCCUUUCACAAUGAAUGAUGAUUGUCAUACUGCUCUUGAUUUGGCUAGAGAAAAGGGGCACUUUAAUGUUGUUCGCGCCAUUGAGAGCCGCAUUUCUAUUUUCUCUGGUUGGCUGCGAGAACAUUAUGGCCCUGGCUUUCUGGAAGCAUUCGCUCCACAACUGAUGUCACGGAAAAUCUGGGCUGUAGUUUUACCAUGUGAUGCGCGGAAUCCAACAAGGCCUCUCAAAUUUCAGCUUGUUAUAUAUCCUGAACUGAAGGUCGCUAAGCCACGUACAGUGCUUUCACUUUGGAAAUGCACUAUUGAGGAACCGAAAUUCAACCAGUCAGAUCCGUCUGUGAUUAUCAUUGAUAAGAACUCAAGAGCACGAUACAAGUUUCUGUCAGCACAUGAAGGUGACAAGCAACAACUGCAGUGGUUUUACACUGCAUGCCGAGGAAUAACCCAGGUUAACAAUAUUACUCCACAAGCACCGGCAGGUGCUGUAAGGCCAAAUGCACCAUCAAUCAUCCCAUACCCCUCACCAACACCAGCAGGAGCAUCUACAUCUAACCCAGAAGAUGUCGAACUGGCCAUGGCCAUCAAUGCCUCUAUUCAAUCAGCUAUAGCAGAGGGAGUGCCUGGUGUACCAACCACCUCAACCGCAGCCAACACUGCUACUAAUGGCUGGGGGAGCUCUCCGGGCAAUUCUACUCUCAAUGGCUGGGGCCCGCCAGAUGUUUCUGUUCCGCCAUCAAAGAUGAGCACCCAAACAAGGCUUGAUGAACCGAGUAGUAGUAGCAGCACUUCUUAUAACGGAUGGGCCGUUCCUGCAGCGGAGCCAAGUAGAACUUCAUCCGAGCCCCAUACAAUCCCUAAUAGCUCACCGAUUGUUGAACCACCUCCGGUAAUAUCGGUUCCUUCUGCUCCUCCGAUUGUUGAAGAGACGUUCUACGAUGGGGCCAUUCACUACCCAGUGAUAGAUUCCACCCCUGUGGAUAUAAACAUGGAAAUGAGAACCGGAGCAGGUGAUGUUAUACAAGGCGGCAGCACUAGUAGUGCAACCAUUCUUAAAGCUGAGAAGAGUGAAGUCAAAGGUGGAGGUAGUGGCGUCGGUGAUUGUGUUAUUUGUUUGGAUGCUCCGGUGGAGGGCGCAUGCAUUCCGUGCGGCCACAUGGCUGGCUGCAUGUCAUGCCUGAGGGAGAUCGAGUCGAAGCAUCGCGAAUGCCCCAUUUGCCGUGCGAAGAUAAACCAAGUCAUCAAAAUCUACGCAGUUUAACCAGUCUAAUAGAUUCUUCCCGAGUCUCUGAAUUCUAUGUUUUUGUCUUACAUAACAUGUUCUCUUUUCGGUCAUCCAUUUUUCCGUUAGUUAUAAGUAAAUCUUUAAAUAUGUGUAUAAAAUUGUUAGAAACUGCUAUUAAUGGGAGAGGUUGUGGUCCUCUCAUGCAAUGAAGUAUCAAGAUAUUGUGCGGAAUGUGUGAUAAAACAAUGUAGAUAUAUACAAAUUAUUGGUAAUGCUUAGAAAAUAUUGAUGAGUAUCGUUAUUAUGCUA